UAAAACACAGACGUGUAUUUUUUCGCUUUCGUUUACGGUUAUGCCGACAAUAAUGUGUAGGACAGAGAGAAAUAGUUACGACGAGGAUGGAGGAGAGAAAGGCGAGGAAGUUAAUUCUGAAGAACUAAAAAAGAAGAAAAAGCUUUGCUUUGGUUGCUUUUGGGGGUCAAAAGAUGAUUCUGAUGCUACAUCGGUUCAUAACUUCGGGGACGCGGACAAAACUUGGAGGGAUGAUAUUAGCCUUGCAUCGACAAAUUCUUUGCAAUUUCUUCAUGGCAAGAAGAGAAAAACAAAGAAAACCAUAAAGGAUAAUAAAUAUGAGGGACUACCAAUGAUGACAGCAGACAGAACCUAUUCAUUUGAGAAUCUCCCUGGCGCCGUAUUUGACGAAAAAGAAUUGGUUGUGUCUAAGAUCCAGGGAAAAGCGAGACUUCGAAGACCUAAGACAGCACCAGCUAAUCGAAGAGAACCUUCGAUAAGACAUUUUCCACCGGUUGCAUUUUGGACACCAGUCAACAUAAAACAGGGCGAGAUUUAUCAAAUUAAUCGUAAGCUUCCGGACUUGAAGCUGCAUAUGCAAUCAUGCAUCGAGGCAAGAAAGGUCCAGGGUAGACGCUUGAAACCGCUGAAAGUGCCACAUACAAGUAGAUACAAGAACCUUGGGGACAAGGCCAGAACAAUGAGACCAAAGACUGCACCUUCUGCUCGGGAGCGAAAACCAUAUUUACCACCGGUGUCAUUUUGGACUUCAUUUGAUAUCCAGAGAAAGGAUAUAGACAAGAUAAACCAUGAUCUACCCAAUUUGCAGGAAUGUGCCGAAGCUCGCCCGAAAUCACGAAGGAGCAAGAGAAAACGAAAAGCAAGAAAGACAACAUCGGGGGAAGAACAAAAUAUUGAAGAUGGUGUGAAGGCUACGCUUGCAAACUUGGUCGACCAAGUUGUGAUGAUGGAAGAAAUCAUAAGUGACGUGUCUGAGGUCAUGAAUUCCAUGUUGGAUGAAAUCACUCAAGGUGAAGAUAUUCGUGAUAUAUUGGAAAGUCCCGUUGAUUUCUAGUUUCAGCAAACAUGUCAAAUCUUUUGUGAGAUUAAAUCUGAA